GAAGUUCGAGUUCAUAAUAUGUUAUGUCUAAAAAGAGGUAAAUGUUCGAAACAAGAAAAGUUUGAACAUUGUUUUAUUGAUAUCAUUCAAUCACAUUUUAUCAGACAACUCUGUCGUCAUAGUGAGCUUCUAGUGAACAUUUGAUUAUCAACAUACCGGAGUUCAAAUGUCUGACGACGAAGCUGAAGAAAUCGAAGAGGAGGAGGGAGUGUAUUUAGGAGAAUAUGAAGGAGGGCGAAAUGAGCGUGAUGAACGUCAUGGUUACGGUAAAGCGAUACUUCCGAAUGGAGAUACAUAUGAAGGAAUGUAUGAAAACGGGAAAAGAAAUGGAUCGGGAGUGUAUAGAUUCAAAAAUGGUGCACGUUAUGAUGGGACGUACGAGGAUAACAAAAGACAAGGUCAAGGAACAUUCUAUUACCCCGAUGGUUCGACUUACGAAGGGAACUGGAGCGAAGGCUUGCGAUAUGGCCAAGGGAAGUAUACAUAUAUUAAUGGCGAUACUUAUGAAGGGGAAUGGAGAGAUCAUUUGAGACAUGGCAGAGGUACAUACACAUUCGCCUCAACUAAACUACAAUAUAUUGGAAACUGGAAAGGUGGUAAAAUGGACGGUCAUGGAGAAUUAGUUCAUCCUCAUCACCGAUUUAUUGGGACUUGGAAAGAUGGAAUGGUUAUUGGUAAGGGUAGAUAUAUUUUUCAAAAUUCAAGCUGUCAGCAAAUGGGUGAAUAUUUAACCACAUCAGCACUGAGUGAUGACAAAGUAGAAGAAGAAGAAAGUAAAACGAUCCCUCGAUGGAAGGCAACAAUGAUUGAACCAUUGAGUGAAGAGGCAAAACAUUCCCUAACAAAUCUAAAAGGAACAGCUUCUGAAGGAAAACCAACACAAGAAACAUCUGAAGAGGACAAAGUUAAAGUGAAGCAAAUAGAUGAUGAUGGUGACAACGACAAUCAAACAGAACCCAAUGGUGAUAAUGAUAUCGACCGAUCUGAACAAGGUGAAGUCGAUCAACAAGAUGUGAUUCGAACAGACGAUUCUAAAGAUGAUGAUGAUAUCACUGAAAAUAAAUCAGCUGUGGAAAAUGAAGUACCUAAACCUCAAGGUACGGUAGAAGAAGAACAGGAAGAUGAGGAUGAUGAUGAAGGUGAUGACGACAAUACAGAAGUAUAAUAAGAACUACUGAUGUCUUUCUCUAUGAUAAUAUACAUGAUGAAUGAUUUUGAAUAAAAGGCUUCCAUUAUC